AUUUUUCUUUAUGACUUAUGUUGAAAAAAAAAGAUCUCGAUCCAUAUUGACCAUAUCAAAACAAUCACAAAAUUCACAUCAAUAGAAAAAGAAAAAAAAGAGCUUCGCAUUACAAAGCUUACAGUACGCCUUACUGAUCGCAACAUGUCAGCGCUCAUGAAAAAAUUCAUAAGUUGAUAUCUAAUAAACAAUGAAGUUGAUUUGUCUCUCAGACAACCCAAGUAAACCAUGUUUUGUGUUGUUUUUCAAAGGAGUGAAAAUUAUGCUAGACUGCGGUCUAGACAUCAAACAGAUACUUCAUUACAUACCUCUACUUGUGGUGCCUGGCUUUCAAGUAUCAAAGGCACAUACAUGGAGCCAGGGGGGUGAUAAAAGAAAUCGAGUUCCAGAUGAUGCUGCUCAAGAAUUGAAAGAAUGUGGUGGACGACUUUUAGUGGAUGGCAAUCCAGAAUUUUCAAUACCAGAGACUGGUAUAGUUGAUCUUUCUACUCUGGACGCCAUCCUUAUUUCAAGUUACAGUUGCAUGCUGGCUCUGCCUUACAUUACAGAGUACACCGGCUUCAAGGGAACUAUCUACAUGACAGAACCUACAUUUUAUAUUGGAAGGUUGUACAUGGAGGAGUUAGUGAAAUAUGUUGAGAGAAACCCUAAAUCCAGCAUAGCUUCCCAUUGGAAACAGGAAAAUAUUAUCAAGAACCUGCCAGCACCUCUACGUGAUGCAGUACGUCCUCGUCAGUGGAGGAAGUUGUACACAUUGCAUGAUAUAAACUCUUCUCUUUCUAAAGUUCAGCUUGUUGGUUUUAGUGAAAAGCUGGAUAUUUUUGGUGCUUUGACUGUCUCCCCUGCGAGCUCUGGAUGCUGCAUAGGAAGCUGUAAUUGGAUCAUCAAUUCCAAAUAUGAAAAGAUUUGUUAUAUUGCUGGCACAUCAACAUUAACAACCCAUCCUCGGCCAAUGGAUCAAUCCCCUCUAAAAAAUGCUGAUGUGUUAAUUGUCAGCUGUCUUACACAAACUCCCUUGUCAUUGCCUGACCCAAUGAUUGGAGAGUUUUGUCUCAAUGCAGCUGUGACUGUCAAAAAUGGAGGCAAUGUGCUUGUGCCUUGUUAUGCUUCAGGGGUAACCUUUGACCUUUUUGAGUGCCUGUCUGGUCAUCUGGAUCAAUGUGGCUUGGCAGGUGUUCCCAUGUACUUCUUGUCCCCUGUGUCUGACAGUACCCUGGCAUACUCAAACAUUUUUGCAGAAUGGUUAUCAGCUGGGAAACAGUCCAAAGUAUUUCUCCCAGAAUGUCCAUUUCCUCACGCUGAUCUUCUCAGUAAAGGAAGAUUAAAAAACUUCUCCAGCAUUCACACUGGUCUAAGUACAGACUUUGUCACACCAUGUAUAUUGUUUGCUGGACAUCCUUCUCUCAGGAUGGGAGACAUUGUCCACUUCAUUGAGUUAUGGGGGAACUCACCAUCCAACACUAUCAUAUUUACUGAACCAGACUUUCCUCAUCUUGAUGCCCUGGCACCUUUUCUGCCUAUCGCUAUGAGGGUUUGUUACUGUCCCAUUGAUACCAGCCUGAACUUCUCUCAAGCCAAUAAAUUGAUCCGUGACCUUCGACCCCUUCACCUUGUGGUGUCGGAGAGCUACACUCACCCCCCUGUGUUGGAACCUCUCAGGAAUGACCUUACUGUUGACUUUGAUCCAUCGCCAUUGACAUACAAACAGGGGGAGAUCUUGUCUUUGCCAGUGAAGAGACAAUAUGAAGCUGUAGAGAUGGAGCCUGAGUUAGCUAAUACUUUAGAGCCAGUGGAAGUCAAGCCAGGUACAGCCAUCGCCAUGAUUACAGCUGCUUUGGUUGCCAAAGAUAACAAGUACGUUUUGAAACUGCUGCCAAACCUUCAUGAUGUGCCCAAGAAGCGCAGAGCUGAUGGAAGCCUACUCUGGCGCAAGCCGUAUAUAUUCGGAACCCCAAAUCUGCAAGAGAUAGUGGAUAGUCUAAAACAGAAUGGUUUCACUUCACUAAGAGUAGAAGAAAAUGAUUCUGGAUCCAUUAUCCAUUUGGUGAAAGAAGACUCCUUGAUCCAGAUAGACAACAACUCAACACACAUCAUUUGUCAGGGUGAGGAGAUCAGACUCAGGCUGAAGGAAGUCAUGUUAAAAUGUUUAAAACAACUGUAAAUAUUAGUCAUAAUAAAUAUUUGUAAAUGUUAAUGAGACAAAUGUAAAUAAAAAAAAUUAAAUAAAAAUACUUGGGUCUUCA